AUUUAUGUUUAAUAUUUUGAAGUUGAAUUCUGAUAUUUAUGUUUAGUAUUUUAAUUUUUAAUAGUUAUUUCUAGAGAUUUAGAAUUUGAAUAUUAUAUAAAAAAAUGUUAAAAGAAAUUGGAAAAAAACACAAUUUUUAGAAUACAAUCAAACCGGAUAUCCGAGAUCCGACCCGGUUGAUCCGGGUCACAAUUUUGGGUACCAAAAAAGCAGGUACCCGGAUUUCCGAAUCCGGGUUGACCCGGUACUCGGUUUUGAACACCCCUACCUCUUCUUUCUAUUCCCAUUGUUCUGCAAUUCGUAUUCAAAUUUCUUCAUCAAUUAGAAAUUAGAGAUCAACAAAAUCAGCUCAAAUUCAGAUCAAAACAUUUUCAAAACUAACCCAGAUUAUUGGUGCAAUAGAACUAUUUGUGCUUGGAAUAUGAGUACUCUGGCGCUUUCUGGGGGGGGGAAUUUACUCACUGGGUUUACCAAGCUCUGCAAAGGGCUUGCCGUAGUGCUUGUUGGUGGCCACAUUGUUGUUCAGCUGUUUCCUCCUGCGGUUACUUAUCUUGCUCUUAUUCCUGCAAGAACCAUUCCUUUUGCCUGGAACCUCCUAACAGCUGGUUAUGUUGAACAAACAAUAUAUGGGGUGGUUGUUAGUGUAUUUGCUCUGCUUUUCAUUGGAAAGCUACUUGAACCAAUCUGGGGUCCUAAGGAAUUUGUGAAAUUCAUCUUUAUCGUCAACCUGCUCACUUAUAUUUGUGUCUUCAUUACAGCAAUUGCUUUGUACUUUGCAACUAGGGUGGAAGCUUACCUUUAUAUGCCAAUCUCUGGCUUCCAUGGAGUGCUUUCAGGAUUCUUGGUUGGUAUAAAACAAAUUGUCCCAGACCAGGAACUUUCUUUGUUCGGCAUUGCAAAAGUUAAAGCUAAGUGGCUGCCAUCUAUAAUGAUUCUUUUGUCCGUCACUGCAAGCUUUUUCUUGGCAGAAUCAGCGGCUUACCUUCCCAUGUUAAUGUUUGGUACAUAUAUGAGUUGGAUCUACCUAAGAUACAUGCAGAGAAGACCAGAAACCAACUUCAGUGGUGAUCCAAGUGAUGAAUUUGCAUUUGCCACGUUUUUCCCAGAAUUUUUAAAACCUGUGAUUAAUCCUAUUUCUUCUAUUUUCCACCGAAUGUUCUGUGGAAGAUCUGAAGCUAAUGAGGCCAAUGGUUAUGUCCUGGGAGGAACUCCCCUUCCCGGAUCCGAUACUUUUGAGGCUUCAAGACGAAGAGAAAGAGGUGCUCGAGCACUAGAAGAAAGGCUGGCUGCUGCAAAAGGCGACGAUGGAUCACACGUAGAUGCCUCUGAGGAAGUAUAAAUGUGAGUCUGUGACAAUGUUUUCAGCAAGUUGCUAAUUGGUUGUGUCAAUGUAGUAUGAGAUGGAUUCCUUGAUUUUAAAGAAGCAACAUUGUCAAACGUUUUGACUCCGAAUGAUAAACUUCAUUACUCUGGUUUUCGUGGUAUAAUCUUCUAUGGGAAUACAUGUUGAUAUCAGAUCCAUCAGAACACCUCCAAAUUGUUCGGGAAAAACUUGGAAUGACGGGGAACUUCAUAUUUGAGUUGAUUUUACAAACUGUACUAGUCCACAGUGUUUUAAUAUGUUUUUGAUGGACGCUUUGCCAAUUCAUUGAUAUUUUGUUAGCAUGAUAUAGGUGUUCAAACAAAGGUUUCUCUGCCUUUAUAGAGCAAGAUAAUAUUUUCCAAUAUUGAUAUUUUGUUGUUAGCAAGUUGGUUUCAUUUAUUUGUUGAUU